ACAGAUGUCUCGUGCAAAGCUAAGUGACCACUUAAGGAGGAAAUGUUUGAAAGGCACCUUCGCAGAAGGUGAGCUCUUCUCAAUCGGAUGAGUUGGUUGGUCUGUAAGCAUUUGAUUUAGGAAAAACAAAUACAGCCAAUUAUGGAUCAGGUGAAAUGUGUCGUUAUAGUGUUUUUAAUCUUUACAACGUUACUGCGCCAAUUGAAAGCUUUUGAGUGCCAACUGCCCCGAGAAGACGACACUAUUACUAAGAGUCCUCAGCCAGUUUACUAUGGAACUCCGAGUGACGUGAGUGUGGAGGGCUGCGGCUUGCAAGACCCAAAAACCCUGACGGACAGUUUUCCUUGGGAUGUCGUUGUUUAUUUUAGAGAAGACGUGUGUGUUACACCAGGAGUGAUCAUAUCUCCAAGGUCUAUAUUAUUUGGUCUAGAGAGUUGCAAACCGGAGAAAUAUCAAGAAAUUACGAUGUUUAUAGCCGGGAUUCAUGCAAAUUAUGCGGCAGCUCCUCAGAUGAAUGUAAAACACUUUGCAUUCACAUUAUGCAGAUUUAUGUUUGUGCUAUUUUUCAGGCAACGUCGGUUAGCUUCUUCAUUAGAAUCACUUGGAUGCGGACGUCCGCAAGUGCCUUUUGUAUCGCUUGUUGCUCACGGAACAACUGUCCCACAAGACGAGCUGCAUUUGUAUCCGUGGCAUGCUCUUGUUGAGGCUAACUAUUACAACGACGAAUUAAAAGUCAUUAAUCAUUAUUGCGGGGGAACGAUAAUUUCUGAAACAGUCAUAGUUACAGCCGCCCACUGUCUCCUGUCCGAAAGCUCAGUCGCAGGAUCAGUGACUCGCUACGAUCCGCAUGAAGUCAGGGUUCAUGGGGGAGUCUUCAAAAGGUCUAAUACGAAGGAAGUGUUAAAACAAGAAAAGGACUCAAGGCAGUCGAGAGAAGUAAAACAAAUUAUCACACACCCCGAGUACGUACUUAAUGCAAACACUGACGACAUUGCCUUAAUCAUCGUCAAAAAGGCAUUCGACACGUCGUCGAUACACGUAAAGCCCGCUUGUUUAUGGAAUUCAAACGCAUCACCAGAUGUGAUUGUUGAUGCGUACGGAUUGGUUGUCGGCUGGGGUUUGGAGGAAACUUUCAAGAUAAACGACACUUUAAGAGUUGCCGACAUCCCUGUAAUCGAUCAUAAAAAAUGUUUCUCUGCGGACAGGGAGUUUUACAAUAAUCGCCUUUGGUAUGGAUACAAUUUUUGCGCAGGAGUCCAAAACGGAACUAGUGUUUGCAACGGCGACAGUGGCGGUGGUUUCAUCCUUUAUAAUGCUAGUGCACGCAGAUAUUACUUAAGAGGAAUCGUCAGCACUGCUAAAGCACAAACGGUCGAUGGGAAAGCGGUGUGUGAUUAUUCUACCUACGCUCUCUUCACUGAUGUUGCGAGAUACGUUCCUUGGAUUAUGGAGCAUGUUUUAAAAAAUAUUUGAAUAGCAAAAUGGUUUAAUACCACUUGAUGAAAUAAUAUUAGCUGUUUUGCAAGAAUUCCUAAUAAAGAAUUUCAUAAGUUUCGA